AUGUACAUUUUAGAACGACAGCUUUCUCCAGAAUUUGUAGUGGAAGAAAUGCCCUUUAAGCAAGGGGUAAAAUUGGAAAGGCAGUUUGACAAGUUUUUUUUGAAAGGAUUUGAUUGUGACUGGCCUUUAGUAUUAAUAUUAGGAGCUUCAGGAGGAGUUGGUACAUUUGCUGUACAGCUAGUGAAGGCCUGGGGUGCUCACGUGACAGCAGUUUGUUCUCAUGAUGCCAGCACACUGAUGAAAAAGCUUGGAGCAGAUGAUGUGAUUGAUUACAAAUCUGGAAAUCUGGAAGAGCAACUUAAAACAUUGCCCUUAUUUGAUUUCAUCCUAGAUAAUGUUGGUGGAUCCACUGAGAAGUGGGCUCUAGAUCUCCUGAAGAAAUGGUCAGGAGCAACAUAUGUUACCUUGGUGACACCUUUCUUGAUCAAUAUGGACAAACUUGGAGUGGCUGAUGGCAUGUUACAAACAGGAGUCACUGUUGGUUCCAAAACUGUAAAGCAUCUCUUUAAAGGAGUCCAUUAUCGGUGGGCAUUUUUUAUGCCAAGUGGCCCAAGUUUGGAUGAAAUAGCAGAACUAGUUGAUUCUGGAAAG